GCCCGAGGUGUCCGGUGACCAAGACACUCCGAGCUGGGUGCAGGGUGCGGCUCAGGGCGUGGUCACCGGGGGCUACUUAGGGCGGCCCUGUGCGGGGACGGCGCGGAAGCCAGCUGCGAGGCGGCGGGCACUCGGCGCGGGUCAUGGCGUGGAUCCUGGACUGCCUUUUCGCCUCGGCCUUUGAGCCCCGCCCCCGCCGUGCAAAAACAACCAGAGGCAGCUCUCCUUGAGGGUGAAGCCGCCUCCCAGUUUUCCCUCCCCCUUUGCCACCCUCCCCACCCCCCCCAAAGCUCCUUCCACCAGGUCCAGUGGCAAUUGGAUGAUGCAGCCUUGAUAAUCAUCCGAUUCCAGAAUGGGUGGCUGCAUUCCUUUUCUGAAGGCAGCAAGGACACUGUGCCCCAGAAUCAUGCCCCCUUUGCUGUUUUUGUCCGUCUUCAUUUUUUUAGUGAACGUCCUGGGAGGAGCCCCAGGACACAAUCCGGACCGCAGGACGAAGAUGAUAUCAAUACACAGCCUGUCGGAGCUGGAGCGUCUGAAGCUGCAAGAGACUGCUUACCACGAACUCGUGGCCAGACAUUUCCUCUCUGAAUUCAAACCUGACAGAGCUCUACCUAUUGACCGUCCAAACACCUUUGAGAAGUGGUUUCUGAUUCUGAGAGGACAGCAGAGGGUCGUAUCACUCAAGACUUUUGGCAUUCGUCUGGAAGAGGUGCUGGUGAAUGAGCUUACCCGCCGCAAGCAUCUUGAACUAACAGCCGCCAUGCAGAUUGAAGAAUCCACCGGUCAGGCUGCGGGCCGUCGUCGGGGAAACGUGGUGCAAAGGAUGUUUGGCCGCAUCAGGCGCUUUUUCAGUCGCAGGCGGGAUGAGCCCUCCUUGCCCCGGGAGUUUACUCGCCGUGGGCGUCGAGGUGCAGUAUCUGUGGACAGCCUGGCCGAACUGGAGGACGGGGCCCUGCUGCUGCAGACCCUGCAACUUUCCAAGAUUUCCUUUCCAAUUGGCCAGCGACUUCUGGGAUCCAAAAGGAAGAUGAGCCUCAAUCCGAUUGCUAAACAAAUCCCCCAGGUUGUUGAGGCUUGCUGCAGCUUCAUUGAAAAACAUGGCUUAAGCACUGUGGGGAUUUUCACCCUGGAAUACUCGGAGGAGAGAGUGCGUGAGCUCCGUGAAGAAUUUGAUCAAGGUCUGGACGUCGUGCUGGAUGACACUCAGAACGUGCAUGAUGUGGCUGCACUCCUCAAGGAGUUUUUCCGUGACAUGAAGGACUCUCUGCUGCCAGAUGAUCUGUAUAUGUCCUUCCUUCUGACAGCAACUCUGAAGCCGCAGGAUCAGCUUUCUGCCCUGCAACUGCUGGUUUACCUGAUGCCACCCUGCCAUAGUGACACCCUGGAGCGUCUGCUGAAGGCCCUGCAUAAAAUCACUGAGAACUGCGAGGACUCCAUUGGCAUUGAUGGACAAUUGGUUUCAGGCAACCGUAUGACUUCCACCAAUUUGGCUCUGGUGUUUGGAUCUGCUCUCCUGAAGAAGGGGAGAUUUGCCAAGAGGGAGUCCAGAAAGACAAGACUGGGGAUUGACCACUAUGUUGCUUCUGUCAAUGUGGUCCGUGCCAUGAUUGAUAACUGGGAUAUCCUCUUCCAGGUGCCUCCCCAUAUUCAGAAGCAGGUUGCUAAGCGUGUGUGGAAAUCCAGUCCUGAAGCCCUGGAUUUUAUCAGACGCAGGAAUUUGAGGAAGAUCCAGAGUGCGCGCAUAAAGAUGGAAGAGGAUGCUUUACUUUCUGAUCCAGUGGAAAAUUCUGCUGAAGCCCGGGCUGCUGUCCUUGCUCAGAGCAAGCCCUUUGAUGAAGGUUCCUCUGAGGAGCCAGCUGUGCCUCCCGGCACUGCCCGUUCCCAUGACGAUGAGGAAGGAGCGGGUAACCCCCCCAUUCCAGAGCAAGACCGCCCAUUGCUCCGUGUGCCCCGGGAGAAGGAGGCCAAAACUGGCAUUGGCUACUUCUUUCCUUAGAUGUUUUUUCCUUCUAUAAGGUGCCGGACGGGGGAAAAGGGUGGGGGUAGACCUGGGAUGUCACAGGAAACAUUGAGGAGAAUGUUGAAGGUAAAGAUCUGAGGGUAAGAAGGAUUUCCACCUGAUGCUCGGGUCAGGCUGAGAAUUCCAAACACACUGCCAGCCCCUUCACUGGGGAUGUUUGGUCCCUUUAGCUAGUAAAAGCAGAGAUGUUUCUGUGUCAUGCCCAGGCUCCCUGGUGCUACCUUGCCUUUCUCUUUUACCCCUGAUCUUGGCUUUCCCACACUGCAGCCCUUCCUUUAAUUGAUGUGACAUUUGUGGUAAAUAACUUGUCCCAGAGAAGCUCACAAAUCUCGAGGUGCUUUCCCUCCCCCCAAAAGGGAAUUGCAUGUUUUUCCUGACUUUCCUUCCCUCCUCCCGAGAGCUCAAUUGGAAAGGCCCUCAAGAGGCAUGUUAGGACGUUAGGUCAGCCUACUGACAGCUGACAAAUAAUUAAUGCUAAACCAUGUCACACCAACUCAUAGCCGUGUCCCCGCAGCAACUCCACCACCUCAGGAUUCCCCCCCCAAAUUAUUUAGACCAAUGGCUCAAAAUUCCACUCUCAAAAUUCUGUGCAGUUUGGCUCAGGUCACGCUAACAGGGAAACCUCAAAUGUAAGCCUAACUAGCCUUCUGGGAUCAAAAAUUAGAGGAAAAAUUUGAUUUUAUUACCUAGAUCUGUUUUACAGACAGCUGGAGUUCACAUCCUGUUGUCAGCAAAACAGCUAGUUAGGUAGAAACACAUAGUUCCAAGUAGCUAAAGUCACCUGAUUACAAAUGUUCUUAACUAUCGUCUCUGUAGUUCCUCUAUGCAGGACGGUACAAAUUUGCGGGACAUGCUCUGGUAACACACAGAUAUGGGUUAUGUAUGACAUCCAAAAUUAUAGCUGAUAUUGAUGGGUAACAACUGCCAAGGUCCAUAGAAUGAAGAAUGUAUUGUAUUGAGGGAUAGAAAUUGAUCACACAAUGGAUAACAACCGCAGAGCUCGAAGAUUUGUGAUUGUUAAAACUUCUCUGGCAUUUAAUCAUUAAUAAACAUCUGUAUUGUGACAGCAGCA